GAGAUGCAUUGGGAACCUAUCGAAGAAACUUCAAAUGGGAUUUUGUACAGCGAAAUGCUGAACGAAUAUUUCAUAGACGAGAAAGAUAAAAGAAGUCCUGUUGAAAUCCGUGCCGUGAUUGACCACCAUAUGGCUAUUAUUCAUUCAGCUAUGGAAGCUGAUGCUGAACUACAGAGGAUGGAGGAUUUCGAAAUGAAUUCACCAGAAUACAUCAAUAGCAGCAGUGGCCGUUGGGCUGUGAUUACUGAGAACACACUUACCAAUGAAUUUGUCAAAUUUCAAAAACAGCAGCAGGAGCCGUUGGCUGACAACUAAGAACACAUUUUACAUGAAAUCGACAGGCCCUACAUCUAUAACAGAUGAAAUCUGAUGAAAAAGACAGAAGCAGUUGCCGUUGGGCUGUCAAAGAAGAACACAUUUUGAGUUAGAAUCAAAAAUUUUUCAAGACCAC